GUCCCAUUCAUAACACUUGGUAUUCAGAGCCACUUUUCUCACCCCCUGGGCUUCCGAGAGCAUAACGAUUUUUUGUUUGGGAGGGAAGAGCCAUCCCCCCGAGGGCGGUUGUGUCCGUCAUGACAUGACGAAGAUUUUGAAAAGUGUUUCCGGUAUGUUGUUUAUUUCGCAUAUCGUUAAAGGGGCGUUCGGUUGCAGUUUCGGAAAUUUCGGCGAGUAACAACGACGAUUCGGAUUGGUGUCCGAAUGGAGCGAGGAGCUCGUCACGAGACGACAAGCUCGCGGAUAUCCCCAGGCAAAAUGGAUUUCGUCAGGAGCGCGUAUAGCAGAUGUGGCUGCAUGGUGAUGUGUAGCUGACGUUACGAGGCUCGGCGUUUCCGGCAGGCGACACGCAUGUGAAGACGGGACUUCGGAUACUGUUCAGCAAAUGCGGCGUUGGAGUUUUCGGCACGACCAAGGAUCGCACAACAGCUCACGUGGGGCUCAGGCACGGAAAAGUUUCGGGGAGUUCUGUACUGACCUCGAAAUUUAUUCGCGUGACCUGCCCACCUGGAGGUGUAAUUCGUCUGCCCUGGAGUUUCGAGCUCGGCGAGUCUAGAUUCCCGCAGAGGAAGCCAUUUUCGUGGACAGAAAUUACACCAGAAACUACCCUCGGGUCGAGUUUAAGUGUCAUCGACGGGUCACCGUUAAAAGUCAACGACGGAGAGUUGUAGCAGAGAAGGAGAACGACUGGGUAACAGCCGGGAAAAAAUUAAGAGUCAGCGGCAGACGGGUCCCCCGACUGACUAGGCUUGGUCGCCCGAUCUUCAGCACCACCACCAGGUACCAGUUCGGGUUUAAGACUACUCCGACGGUUCUGGCCGAAUAAGGGUGGUGAGCCAGCGGAUCACCCUGCGCUGGUGGAUCGAAACAUUUUCGGCGCUACACGACAGGCGAACGAUUUGUGAAAAUCGUACGCUCUUCAGUGGGAGGCGCGAGAAACAAGUUAACGAAAAAAGCGAUGGGUUUUUGCGACGGAGAUCGGACGGUAUGCGGAGCUCGAGUCCGAUACGAACGGCGACGAUGUGUCGCCGAGAACGACGGAGCUGCGAGUUUUUCGAAAGAACGUAUGCGGUACUGUUUGGAGAACGACGAACGUGGGCACUGGGUGAACAGCGGCCUGCGGGGGUUUUACUCUGGAAGCAGCAGUUGAAGAAAUUUGUAGCAGUUGGAGCAGAUUUUUGCAGAGACGGAAUUUUUCAGGGAGGGGAAAGAGAAUCCCUCACGUAAGCUGCAAAGCGGCUGCCCGCGAAUUAGACUGAUUAAUUCGCCCAACUACGAUAGCGUUUGCGCUUACCUGAGUACGGGCACACGGAGGAUUCACCCCUGCUCUGGAGUGUAGUCAUCAAAUGGAGCUUCAUGACGACAAGGGUUACUGUUGCAGUGGGAAAAGCGUGUUGCCGUCACGGAAAAUUUGGAGUCACGCGGGAGUCUUCACGGGUUAUCCUGAGUUGCGGGGCUAUAAUCGAAGACUUGGCUGCGAGGACUCAUUUGGGGAUUUACCUGGACGGGCGCAAGGAUGGGUGAACGUCGGCGCAUCGCUAAAACGUCGGAUUUUUUUCAGGGUGGGAAUUCUUCAAGUUUUCGGCUGGAGUGGUAGCUGGGGUCACGGGUACCUACCGAGCUGUGCGAUGGUUUAAAUACCAGCAUGGUUAGUCGGUGAAACUGCAGAGAAUGCGUUUUUCGGAGCUGAGAACUGUACCAGAGUUUUUCUGGGGUACCUGCCGUAGCCGCGCGAUGGGUGAACGUCUGCACGGCGAACUGGUCACGUGGAGUUGAGAAAAAUUCUACAGAGGGUAACAACAAGAAGCAGAUCGACGGCAGUUGAGAAGCUGAAUAUUUAUCUACGGCGUCGGAUGGAGCUGGAGUCUACGUGGCGCAGCUACCCUGCGUUAUAGGGUCGCGCUGAGACUGGUCCCGACGAGCAGAAUUUGAAGAUACUUCAAAUGUUCUGGGUCUGAAGAAACUUGAAGCGGGGAAUUUUCGGCAUCGACGGCAGAGUUUUUCUUUUCAUAGAGGGGGGAGAGAGCAGCUGCGCAGCAGUUGUUUUUUGGAUUUACCAUCGACAAGUUUGACAUCCGCUGCAGGAGCAUCGACGGACAGAUGCUGUUUGACCGACU